UAAUAGUCGGCUAGCUAAUUGAUGAUAAAGGAGCGAUACUCUGAAUCCCACGUCCAUAGGUGACCGGAGCCUGAGGUUCUGAGCGCAGCCAAAAACGUAGACGCAGGUCCUCUGUUCCUGCGGAGAACACGGCGAGCAUUAAGAUUUGAAUGGAGUCUCUAUCCUCGUACUAAUAAACCAGAAAUAGCGGUUUUCAGUUAUUUCUAUUCUUCAAUUCACCCAAAAAUAGAAAUUAAAAUAGGAUGUCUUUCUCUCUCCUCUCCUUAUCUUCUUCUUCAUCUUCCACACUUACCAGACAUAUUCCCUCUUUUAUCUCUACUACAUCUUCACCGUCCGCUUUACUUUCCCUUUUAAGGAACCAUUCAAAUGUUACCUCUAACGCUAGAAUUUUCGGUUCCAGCUCGUGUUCUUUCUUUUCUUCGUCUUGUUCUAUGUCGACUGCCAAUUAUGUGGUUCCGAGGGCUUUUGCGUCUUCCUCUUAUUCUUCCUUUUCGUCUGGAAAUUCUGAUGGGGAAAGCUCGAAGAUUGUGUCGGGUGAAAAUGAUGAACAAGGGGCUGAGACUGACGAUGAAGACCAAGUCUUGAUUGUUGAUGAGGAAGAUGUUAAUCUUUCCAGCUCUGCUCUUCCCCAAAAAUGGGAUGUAUUAGGCCUUGGCCAAGCUAUGGUUGAUUUUUCUGGCAUGGUUGAUGAUGAAUUUUUGGAGAAGCUUGGAUUAGAGAAGGGUACAAGAAAGGUCAUCAAUCAUGAGGAAAGGGGUAAAGUUCUGCGUGCAAUGGACGGAUGCAGCUACAAGGCCGCUGCCGGUGGAUCACUUUCUAAUAGCCUGGUUGCCUUGGCUAGGCUUGGUGGUCAGCCAAUAGGUGGCCCUGCUUUGAAUGUAGGCAUGGCAGGUAGUAUUGGAAGUGAUCCAUUGGGUGGAUUUUACAGAUCCAAACUUCGACGAGCAAAUGUGAACUUUUUGUCAGCACCAGUGAAGGAUGGGACAACGGGAACUGUGAUAGUCCUCACAACUCCAGAUGCACAGCGAACCAUGCUGGCGUACCAGGGUACGUCAUCAAGGAUAAACUUUGACCCGUGCUUGGCUGAUGCAAUUACUAAAACAAAUAUAUUAGUUGUGGAAGGAUACUUGUUUGAGCUUCCUGAUACGGUCAGAACAAUUUCGAAAGUCUGUGAAGAAGCCCGCAAGUGUGGAGCAUUAGUUGCCAUCACAGCAUCAGAUGUGUCCUGCAUUGAGAGACAUUAUGAUGAUUACUGGGAAAUCAUGGCAAAUUAUGCAGAUAUAGUAUUUGCUAACAGCGAAGAAGCCAGAGCUUUCUGUCACUUUUCAUCAAAAGAAAGUCCCCUUUCUGCUACAAGGUACCUGAGCCAUUUCGUCCCUUUAGUUUCCAUCACAGAUGGGCCUAAAGGUUCUUACAUUGGUGUGAAAGGGGAAGCUAUCUAUAUUCCUCCAUCACCUUGUGUGCCCGUAGAUACUUGUGGUGCAGGGGAUGCUUAUGCAUCAGGUAUUUUGUACGGAAUAUUGAGGGGUGUGUCUGAUUUGAGAACCAUGGGUUCCGUAGCAGCUAAGGUUGCAUCUGUAGUGGUAGGGCAACAAGGUACUAGGCUUAGGGUACAAGAUGCUGUUGGAUUGGCGGAGUCAUUUUCAUCCCACUGCAGGGACUCAACCUUUUGGUCAGAUGUAGGUUCCGAUCAGAUCUCCAGCUUGUAAUACUCGAAAGGUGAACCCUGAUAUCAGUUUAGUGGUUAUCGCAUUAGUUUUAUUCUCACAUUCUUAGCUCUUGAGCUUUGUAAAUUGAUGAUAUUCAUUGUAAUUAUUCGCGUCAUUGGUUUAAUGGAUUCAGUAAAAGAUUUAAGGACUUUGAAUUUGCUUCA